CUUUCUUCUCAAAAAAAUAAAAAUAAAACCUGGACUUUACCUUUCCCAUGUGCCCGUCUUCCUCAAGCUCUGAAUUUCUAAAACCCCCUUUGCAGAUUAUUACUUCGAUUUUAGUUCUGCGCAUAAAAUUGAAAUAAAAAUGGGAUCUUUGAAGUUGGUUAUGGCAUUAAUUCCAUUAAUUUUGCUGUUCUCUGUUUGCGAAGCAGAGCAGAAGCUGAGCACUAAAGAAUGUGAGAAUCUAGGGUUUACGGGCCUCGCCCUUUGCUCCGAUUGUCACACAUUUGCUGAAUAUAUCAAAGAUCAAGAGCUGGUGUCUGAUUGUCUGAAGUGUUGUUCCGAGGAUUCAGAUGAUGCCACAAGCAAGGUUAUAUAUUCUGGUGCUAUUUUAGAGGUGUGCAUGAGGAAACUGGUGUUUUAUCCCGAGCUAGUUGGCUUCAUCGAGGAAGAGAAGGAUAAAUUCCCUUCGGUCAAAGUUCAGUACGCUUUCAAUUCUCCACCCAAGUUGAUCAUGUUGGAUGACGACGCACAGCCUAAGGAAACCAUUAGAGUUGAUAACUGGAAACGAGAGCACAUUCUACAAUUCCUCAAGGAGAAAGUGAAGCCGGCCUCGGAUUCCUAAUGCUCGACUGAUCGGCUGCUAAGUUUCACGUCGACAACCGGUGAAUUAAGGUUAUAGGUGUUAGUGAAUAUUGUUUUAUGAUAAUUAAGUUUUUGAAUGGCUUUAGCUAUUCCUAACCUAUGACAUCAUGCAAUGUAGAUUUAUUUUGCUUCAAGUUAAACACAAAUUUUAUUACGAAGAUAAUCAAUAAUAGUUCCACAUUUACUCUA